AUGGUUGGAGCAAUAAACAACAUAGUUCCGCCGCGGCUGCAGUCUCAGUCACUACCGGAGCUUUCGGCGGACUCCCCGGGCCCGUCGGAGUUGCCGGCCGACCUGCCGCCGUUGCCGCUGCCACCUUUGACAACGACGACGACGCCGCCGCCGCCGGCUCCUCCGCCAACAGCCAAUGUAACUCACACGGCGGGGCCCCUCUCUCUGGUGACCGAGAAGACGUUGCUUGCAAGUCGUACCAGCAGUCACGGUGUGACGGCCAACGGCGCAAGCCCACCGCAACCACCACCAUAUUCGAGCCCCUCCAAUGACUCGCAGAUGUCCAUCUCGCAUGGUUCGCAGGGCCUCUCCGGGACGACACCAGCGCCUCCCUGCUACACAGGCCUGCCCAGGCUGGAUUAUAGGCUUUAUUCGCCGCCUCAUUUCACCCUGUCACCGGACUGCACUACCCUGUCCUCCAAGGCAGAGCAUCUGACGGCAAGCGCCAGCGCCCUCGUUUCUCUCAUCAAGGCGCAGGCCAGUGUCCCACCUAAACCACUAAUACAUAUCAAAGGAAACCGCGGGCGCACCGUCGACUUUGACUUCAAACUGAACCUUAUGAGUUUGUUAGUGUCCGACGACGCGAGCAGACGCAUGGAUUACAUCCGAUGCGUUGCGCCUGGCGAGUUGGCGUUCCGGGGCGGCGCCAAGCCCGAUGUCUUCCCCGAGGUAGGGGAGAGGGAGCUCGAAGAGUGGUGCCGCCGCUUCAUCGAGGACCCGGCGCCGGUAAAAGGCUUCGCGCUUGAACGGGUCGUUGCCAACAUGGACACGCUCUACAUCGAGGGUCAGAUUCGCAGCUUGAUCGCGUCAACACAAUACAAGGGGCAAAUCAACAUCUCGUUUCCCGUUACGCAUGCUAAGGUCAAAGUCAAGAGCGCCGAGAAGCCAAGCAAACUGUACCUGGGCAUGAAGAACCUCUUCUCAAGCAAACACAAAUACGAGGUGGUACAGUCAGUGUGGCCGUUUGCGUCGGCAAGAAACGGCGAGGAUGGACGGAGGUGCAUGGUGCAGAGUGAGGAGGUCUGGUGGAGAGAGUGGCGAGAUUCGAUCAAGUACGCCAUGACGCUGAAGAGACAGAAUGGGGCGUACGUGACGAACGAGGACAAGCUGGAGGCUUUGAUGGAGGGCAAGGGCAAGGGCGUAACAUCCAUCGACUGGGGUGGGCCCGACGUUGACGAGCACGGCCCGUGA